GGGUUUAAGCGGAGCCGCGGCGGCGCGAGGCAGCAGUCGCUGGUUCGCCGGGGGAAGAAGCGGUCGGCGGGCAGAGGCGUGAGCGGCCGCGGCCUCCCCUUAUCUCCGUCCCGAUGGCUCUGCCGGCGACGCGCCGCGCCGCUGUCACUAGACAGGUGGAGAAUGCUGUGACUGAACUUCAAAGUAAAGCCAAAACUCACCUUACUGGCAAAAGGGCUGCCUUGGAAGAAAUAGGAAAUAGAGUUGCAACAAGAGGAACAUGCAUAGCUAAGAAAACAGAAUGCUCCAAAGCAUCCAUAAAGCCUAUGAAAGGACCUAGUAAGAUGGCAAAUGCAAUGGUGCUGCCUAAACCUCCAGCUGCUGUGAACCAAGCAUUCAAAGAAACUGGUGUUCCAAAGGUUCUGUCUCCUGUCCCUAUGGAUGUAUCUAUGGAAGAGGAGGAUUUGUGCCAAGCCUUCUCUGAUGUAUUGCUCAACAAUGUAAAAGACAUCGAUGCUGAGGACUGGGGGAAUCCCCAGCUGUGUAGUGACUAUGUAAAAGAUAUCUAUCUGUAUCUGAGAGAGCUUGAGCUGCAGCAAUCAGUCCGCCCGCAUUACCUUGAUGGGAAGACGAUCAAUGGGCGUAUGCGUGCAAUUUUAGUUGACUGGCUUGUCCAGGUCCACUCAAGAUUCCAGCUUUUGCAGGAAACACUGUAUAUGUGUGUUGCAGUCAUGGAUCGCUUCUUACAAAGUCAUCCAGUACCUCGUAAGAGGCUUCAGCUGGUGGGUGUCACAGCACUGCUUGUAGCUUCAAAAUAUGAAGAGAUAUUCUCUCCUGAUGUAGCAGACUUUGUUUACAUUACUGACAAUGCCUACACCAGUAGUGAAAUUAGAGAAAUGGAGAUUAUGAUUCUUAAAGAGUUAAACUUCAAUUUGGGACGACCUCUUCCAAUUCAUUUCUUAAGAAGAGCAUCAAAAGCUGGGGGGGCUGAUGUUAAGCAGCAUACGCUAGCAAAAUACCUAAUGGAGCUGACACUGGUAGACUAUGACAUGGUUCACCAUCGUCCUUCAGAGAUUGCAGCUGCUGCGUUAUGCUUGUCCCAAAAGAUUCUGGGACAUAACAAAUGGGGUACAAAGCACCAGUACUACACUGGGUAUACAGAAGACAGUCUUUUGAUGACUAUGAAACACAUGGCCAAGAAUGUGGUCAAAGUAAAUGAGAAGUUAACAAAAUACACUGCUGUAAAGAACAAGUAUGCAAGUAGCAAACUACUGAUGAUCAGCACAAUCCCUCAACUGAACAGCGAGAUAAUCAAGGACCUGGCUUUAUCACUCUCAUCGUAAUCCAAGGCAGCCAAGUCCUGAUGGUAUAUGCACUUUGUCCUUAUUUGCCUAUUGAGGCAAAACUACUCCUCUUUAUACAUAGCAUUCUAGCCUUACCACAGACAUUUCAGACUCGGAAGGUGAAAUUUUAAACUUGCUUUGUAGUACAACUUUUACUUAGAAAUAAAGCUCCUAUCUUAAAAAAAAAAAAAAAAAAAAAUUUAAAAGCUGUGACUGUGAAUCUUUUAAGGCUAGUUAACAUUGAUACAACUGGCAGUUAGAUGUGGAUGAUUAUUUUCAGUGGUUGCUUCCACUCUAGGCUUUAUAGGGGGUUAUACUUAGUAAAAUGUUGGUUUUACCCUUAUGUUAAGGAAGAGCAGGCAGAUGGUUCAUAUUUUUGUGGUGUACCUUAAAGGAUACUAAGCAUGUACUUUAUUUCAGUGCCUUGUCCCAAAGAGGUAGACAGGAAUUUCUUUUUUUGUAGUUUGUUACCUUCAAGUUUGGGGAAAGAAGUAGGCUGGCUCUGACAGAUAUUAGCCUUAUAAAUCUUGUGUUUAGGUGAACAUAAGACAAUGUGUUCUCUGUGUACCUAAACAAAGAGAGCUAAGGUAGGGAAAUUCUAAGCCUCCUGUGAUGCUAACCACUGUGUCCAGGGCCUGUAGGUGUAGAACUAUAAGGAUGUGACGCUUUAAACUAGCUCAGCUCUUAAAACCUGUUCCACUUCUUGGACAAAAAAAAUCCCUAGCUUUUCAUUGCUUGAUCAUUCCCCACCAUAAGUAGAUUCUUCCUUAUUGCUUAACAUCUUGCUUUCCUUUGUUUCUAAUAAACAUUGGUAUCCGUGUGCUUGAGGAGUA